UGACCAUAUAUGGUUUUCAUAUCAUUGAAAUGCUCUAAAGUGCUGAAAAUGAGGUCUGAAUGUUUUGUUAUUAAUAUGAAAUAAAUAAGGAAUUGAAUUGGUAGAAUGUAACCUAAUAACGGUGGUCAGCAUUUAGUGUGUUGAUGCCUACAACUUGAAAGACUAUUUUCACGGGAUAUAUUUACACAGAACACCGUUAAAAAGUGUGGGAGUUUGUUGUGAAAUAGUUGGUGCAUGCUUUUUGUUAUUAAAAUGUUCAAAAAGCCAUUUAGAGUUAAAUCUCAGAGUUCUAUGAAAGGUUCAGAUAGAAAGAAACUAAGGUUAGAGAUACAGAAGAAUUUCAAUGGUACAGACACUGAGACUGUUGCAGAUAUAAUACCCAACAAAGAGGAAGUGACCAUUGUGAAGAUAUACACACAUGCUGGCGACAAUGCCUUCAUAUACUGUGUUAACAAACAACCUCUUUUGUUUGAGAUGGAUAAACAAAAAGUACUUGUUCCAACAGUUUACCUGUUGUGGAGGUAUCCAGAUCUGAUAGAAAGAUUUACAACAUGGCCACCUGUGUUCAAGAAACUUGUGGACGGGGCAGAUUUGAUGUUACCUGGUGUGAUUGUACGAGGAAAUUUAACUCCUUCUACCUUUAAACAUGUGCAGAAAGGGCAAGUUUGUUCCGUCAAUGUUUAUGGAAACAGAUGUCCAGUAGGUGUAGGAGAAACACUUCUGUCAGGCAGUGACUUCUUUGAUUCUGGUAUGAAAGGGAAAGGCAUACAUCCUGUACAUCUUUUAGGGGAUGAGCUUUGGGCAUUUGGAGACAAGUCAUCACCACCUGUCAUAGAAGAUGAUCCUCUGCCUGCUGAACUAGAAAAAGAAUUUUCUGCUGAAACUGGUGAAACUAAGGGUACCGCAGGAGUUAUGGAAGGCAGGGAUCUGGCUACUAUAGCAAAAAAUAAUGGAAGUGCAAUAAAGAAUGAAAACACCCCUACAGAUGUUCAAGAUAUACCAGAAGGUACAACAUUGGAAUCUCAGGAAGACAAAGAAGAAAAUGGUGAGGAAAACAUAGAAGCUGAUGUUGGAGCCACAGGUGGUGUAGAUGAACUUAAUAUGGACCACCUUGAUAUUCAAGGACAGGAGGGAGCUGAAAAUGAAGAUGAUGCCACAGGUCAGCCAGUAACAUUGUCUCCAGAGGAGAUGGAUGAGUUACUGCAGUUCUGUUUCCUGUGUGCUGUGAAGAGUUCCUUGAAGAAGUCAGACCUUCCCCUAGCUACAGGCACUUUCUACAAGCAACAUGUUAUGAAAUACUGUCCCAAAGAUAAGAACUUAGAUAUAAAGAAGUCAACAUUCAAGAAGCUUUCAAAGUUCUUGCAAAAGCAAGCAAAGACUGGAAUUGUCAAGGUGAAGGAGUUGUCCAAAGGUGUAGAUAGCAUCACAGAAAUAGAUAAAUCUCAUGAACUUUUACGAGGCCUUGAAGUUCCUGAUGUUGUUAUUGUGGAGGAGACAAAAUCAGAAAAUGAGUACAGUCCUCCAAACAUCACAGAAAUGUUUGCUGUCACUGCUAAUACACUGCCUUUCUUCAAACCGCGAGGAUAUAGUAAGGGAAGUGCCUUAAAGCCUGCAGAUAUUAGGAAAAUUAUUACAGAAUAUGUAAAAAGUAAUAGUUUACAAAAAGAAGAAUCUAAAAAUGAAGUAAUGUUAGACCCAAUUCUUGCAGAGAUGUUACUUGUUAAAGCAGAGGGAGAUAGAUCUACCUUGAAAUGGGAUGAUGUUUACUCAAGGUUAUUGAAUAAGAUGUCACCUGUCUAUGAAAUGUUGUUCGAAGGCCAACCACCUGUGAUCAGGAAGGGCAAUGUAGAACCAAUAAAAAUAGAUGUUGUCCAGAGAGCUUCGAAUAAAAAGGCGACUAUUGUGGAAAACCUGGACUUGUUUGGUAUAGAUGAAAAGACAUUUGCCCAUACAGUACAGGUGAAAGUAGCAUGUAGUGCUUCAGUGGUCCCUUCCCAGCAGAAAAAUAAGGGGCCACAGGUUGUUGUACAAGGAAAUCAAAUUCACUUUGUGGCUGAACUUUUAACAGGUUCAUACAAGAUACCUAGAAAAUACUUGAAAGGUGUAGAGAAAGCUCCGAAAUCGAAACGAAGAUGAUGCUUGCCUCCUAAUUAGCUUUUCUUUGUUAUACAAGGAUUGAAAUGAUAUGAAAUUAAAAUUUAUAAAUGUUA